GUUAAAUUAGUAGUCGAUUCAUGUCUUCAGGCAAACCAUGGGUGGUGUUUGUAUUGGGCGCACCCGGAGCUGGAAAGGGUACCCAAUGUCAACUAAUAUGUAAGGAGUUCGGUUUCAUUCACUUGAGUGCCGGCGACCUCUUGAGAGCCGAGUGUAACGCCGAAGGAUCACAAUAUGGGGAACUGUUUAAAAGUCAUACGCGUAACGGCACUAUACUGCCCGUUGAGAUCACUUUAAAAGUGUUGGAAAAGGCUAUGAAGAGCUCAUCCGCCGGCGGUGAGCCGUCCGACGGAAGGGUCGGCAAGUUUUUAAUCGACGGCUUUCCCCGAAACCAAAACAAUUUGGACGGAUGGCAGACAGCGAUGACACACAAAGCGGACCUCAAGUGUGUCCUAGUGUUGGACUGUCCACCAGAUGUAUGUAUUGAUCGAUGUCUGACGAGAGGCCGCACCGAUGAUAACACCGAGAUUCUCGGCAAACGGAUUGAUAAUUAUUUGUCCGACACUUUGCCAAUUGUUGAGUAUUACCGGCGCUUGAAUUUGGUCCGCGAAGUGAAUGCAAACCUUCCUCCGGACCAAGUGUUUCAAGACGUGCGGCAAAUAUUUCAGACACUAAAGUGACGCCAAAUAAUGAAAUUGUUUAAAAUAUGACUCCAGACUCAUAUGAAUCAUAUGAAAAACACUAA